ACUACCUUGCCCAAGAGUUAAAUAGGGAUGCGGGCAAGAUGCUCAGAAGUGCUGUAUUUCUUGGAACCAGACCAUGACCCAGACCCUCAAGCUCGCCUCCCGAAUGUUGCAUCGCGUCCGCUGUGCUGAGCUGGGUUCCAGAGGCGCCGGCUCAGCACCCCGGAGCUUGGCGGACAUCCCAGGCCCCUCCACGCCGAGUUUCCUUGCCGAACUUUUCUGCAAGGGGGGGCUGUCACGGCUACAUGAGCUGCAGGUGCAGGGCGCUGCACGCUUUGGUCCUGUGUGGUUGGCCAGCUUCGGGAAGGUUCGCACGGUGUACCUGGCAGCCCCUACACUCGUGGAGCAGCUGCUGCGACAGGAGGGACCCAGGCCCGAGCGCUGCAGCUUCUCACCAUGGGUUGAACAUCGUCACCAGCGCCAGCGGGCUUGUGGAUUGCUCACCGCGGAAGGCGAAGAAUGGCAGAAGCUCCGCAGCCUCCUUGCCCCGCUCCUCCUCCGGCCUCAAGCGGCUGCCCGCUACGCCAGGACCCUGGACAACGUGGUCCUUGACCUUGUGCAGCGACUGCGGCGCCAACGGGGACGCUGUGGGGGGCCGCCCGCCCUGGUUUGUGAUGUAGCUGGAGAGUUUUACAAGUUUGGACUAGAAGGCAUAGCCGCGGUGCUGCUGGGUUCACGCCUGGGCUGCCUGGAUGCCGAAGUGCCUCCAGACACAGAGACCUUCAUCCGAGCUGUGGGAUCUGUGUUUGUGUCCACACUGUUGACCAUGGCGAUGCCCAGCUGGCUGCACCGCCUCGUGCCGGGACCCUGGAGCCGCCUCUGCCAAGACUGGGACCAGAUGUUUGCAUUUGCCCAGAAACACGUGGAGCAGCGAGAGUCCGAGGUAGCCAUGAGAAGCCAGGGAAGGCCUGAGGAGGACAUGGGAUCUGUGGCGCAUCUGACCUACUUCCUGUUCCAGCAGGGGUUCCCUGCCCCAUCCAUCCUGGGGAAUGUGACAGAGCUGCUACUGGCCGGAGUAGACACGGUGUCCAACACGCUCUCCUGGGCUUUAUAUGAACUCUCUCGGAACCCAGAAGUCCAGACAGCUCUCCACUCCGAGAUCACAGCUGCCACCAUGGGCUGGGAGUCCAAUAUCCAUUCCUCAGCCACUGCUCUGUCCCAGCUGCCCCUGCUGAAGGCUGUCCUCAAGGAAGUGCUAAGACUGUACCCUGUAGUACCUGGAAAUUCCCGUGUUCCAGACAAAGACAUUCGUGUAGGCGAUUAUAUCAUCCCCAAAAAUACACUGGUCACUCUGUGUCACUAUGCCACUUCAAGGGACCCUGACCAGUUCCCAGAGCCAAAUACUUUUCGUCCAGCUCGGUGGCUAGGGGAAAGUCCAGCCCCCCACCCGUUUGCAUCUCUUCCCUUUGGCUUUGGCAAGCGCAGCUGCAUGGGGAGACGCCUGGCAGAGCUUGAGCUGCAAAUGGCUUUGGCCCAGAUCUUGACCCACUUUGAGGUACAGCCUGAGCCAGGCGCUGCCCCAAUCAGACCCAUGACCCGGACUGUCCUGGUACCUGAGAGGAGCAUCAACCUACAGUUUGUGGACAGAUAGUCCCAUGGAAGGAGGCUGUUAUCA